GACACGUUUCCCGUUAGAAAGCAAACAAGCGAAAACAAUCGUCGUUGGAUUUAACGUGUGAGCUAAACGACGAGAACCAAUGCCAUGCAUGGAUCUCCCAACGCCAUUAUAUAUGGAGGACGAGGCCACAGGCAAAGAGCAGUAUUAGCAUCAGCAUCAAGAGACUACUCUCGCCACCAUGGGAUUCGCCGUCACCAUGUUAGCCGCGGGACUCGUCGCCCCCUGCGAGCACACCCCCUCCGCCACUCUCACCCUCUCUUCCGUGGAUCACGCACUGGGGUUGCGGUUUUCCCUGGAGAUGAUGUCGGCGUACGGCCAUGGCGUGGAGGCUGCACGCCUCAUCAGAGGAGCCUUGUCCCGGGCUCUGGUGCCUUACUACCCCAUCGCAGGCCGGCUGGUGACGUCGGGCGAAGGAGAGCUCGAGGUCGCCUGCACCGGCGACGGCGUGUGGUUCGUGGAGGCGAUGGCUCACUGCAGUCUCAUUGAUCUCAAGAACCUCGAGUUCCCUCUCUUGAUCCCUAAAGAGGAGCUGCUUCCAAGUCCUCCACCCUGCAUCAACCCGGAGGAGAUGAUAUUGAUGAUGCAGGUAACGCAGUUCGACUGCGGUGGAUUUGCAGUGGGAGUCAAGUUCAGCCACAUGGUGUUCGACGGCGUCGGCGCGGGCCAGUUCCUGAAGGCAGUGGGAGAGAUCGCCGGCGGGCUUUCUCGCCCCACCGUGGAGCCGAUCUGGUUCAGAGACGCCAUCCCCGCUCCACCGAGGAUCCCGCGGCAACCUCCCACGAUCACGUUCGACUGCGUGCCGUCCCUGUUCGACUUCCCGCAGCUCACCAUCAACAACAUCAAAGAGGCGUUCAUGAGAGAGACGGCUUACAGGUGCACGACCUUCGAAGCGGUCGCCGCGGUUCUGUGGCAGUGCCGGACCCGAGCGAUCAAUCUGCAUCGCCACGCCGACGUCCACCUCGUCUUUUCCGCAAACGUUCGUCCGCUCCUGCGCCAGCUGCUGCCGCCACAGCGAGGCUACUACGGCAACUGCGUCUACUGUUUGAAUGUGACAUCGAGUAGCGAUAAGAUCAAGCACGCGCUCCUCACCGAGAUCGUGAGCUUGAUCAGGGACGCCAAAGCAAGUUUGGCGGCCAAAUUCUCGGACUGGGCGAUGGGGAACGUCGAGGAAGACCCCUACAAUGUUCCCAUCGGCUACGACGUGCUGAAUCUGUCGGACUGGCGAUCGGUGGGGUUCUUCGAGGUGGACUACGGGUGGGGGACGCCGCACUGCGUUGCUCCUCUCAACGACCAUCUCUUCUUCGCCGGCGGCAUCCUUCUGAAGCGGCCUUCGCCGGAGCAAGGGCUGCGGUUUAGGGGAGAGGUGGUGACGGAGGAGCACCAAGAAAGCUUCGUCAACGAACUCAAGCGGUUCACAGAGAGCUGUGGUCACAAGCAUUAGAUGUCUUAUCCACAGUUGUUGAUUAAUGGCCAAUAUAUGGUUAUCAAGUGAUAUGAAGUCAAAAAAGUUAUGUAUCAUUGGGA